AGGGAGCAAGGCUGGACUAAGAAACUGACAAUCUUCCCUUUUUUUCAACCAUUGUCUUUGCUUUAAUGGUGGUAUAGCCCAAGGCCAAGGUAAUGGAACACUACUCAGAGCAGGCUAGUCCAGAUGUGGCACACAGACACCGAAGACCAAGGUCCAGAAAAUGUGAAAGUUAACUUUACUGCAGAACUUUUCUUUGUGUGUGCUUGUGAUGGGAUAGAACUGCUGGAUUUGCUUUUUGACAAGAACGACGGCAUCUUACGCCAUGAGGAGAUGAUGCAUCAUAAUGAGCAGCCUUGGCCAGUCCAGGACCCUAACAUGAUAAUGCCAUCCCAGGGCGGUGAAGACUUCUUUAACGCCCUACUGAGUGGAAAUGAUUCUGUGUCUGGCUCUCCACUAUGGUCGCCCUCUCCGAGUGACAGCGGGAUAAGUGAAGACCCUCAUUCAGAUCACAAUGACAGUCCUGCACCCCCUGGAAGCCCUCCUCUGGAGUCCUGCUACUUCCCUCCCCAACCACGGCACGCCCCCCCUCCAGACACUAGGCUGCCCAUCGAUUUCAAUGGCUGGGGCUCUGGCAUUUUCCCUGAGCGGACUGGAGGGAUGCAGCCUGCAUCUGAAGUGGCCCAGGUCCGGCCGGCCAUCGUUUUCCCUCUCACUGUCAAGGACCUGCUGCUAUCCGGCACACCAGAACCUCCUCCGCAGGCGCCGCAGCAGUGCCACCAGGAGCUGGUUCUCAAUGAGGAUGAGAAAAAGUUACUUGCCAAGGAGGGGGUGACUCUACCAAGCCAACUGCCUCUUACCAAAUUUGAAGAGAGGAUCCUGAAGAAAAUCAGGCGAAAGAUCCGGAACAAGCAGUCUGCCCAAGAAAGCAGGAAGAAGAAGAAAGAAUACAUAGAUGGACUGGAGAGCAGGAUGGCAGCCUGCAGUGCGCAGAACCAAGAGCUGCAGAGGAAAGUUUUCCAGCUGGAGAAAUGCAACAUGUCUCUGAUGGAGCAGCUGCGUCGACUGCAGGCAAUGGUCAUGAAUGGAACCAACAAACCUGCCCAGACUGGGACCUGUGUUCUGGUGCUGCUGCUGUCUUUUACCCUGAUUCUGCUGCCCAGCUUGAAGCCCUUCACCGAGACCAAGGUCAGCCAACCCGGAGACUUCAGCCCACUGAGAGUUCAGUCACGGUCCCUGCACAACCUACAGUCCUCUCGGGUGCUGCAUGCCCUUGAGCAUCCGUUUUCAGUAGUGGAUGAGUCCAAGUCUCACUCUGGUUUCCCUAGAGACCAAGGUAUGGAGGACAUAUCAUCUCUAAUGAAAAAGCUUCACAGGGGACCAGGCCUGGCUAAUUAUGACCUAGGAGCCAACAACACCAGUCUGGACCAGCAUGACGGCCAUCACCAUGGAGACCCCAUCACCGGGCACAUUGCAACGGUGACCUUGAGUCAGCCACGCAGUGCUUCGAGACUCCGGCCGCAUGCCGAUGACAUGUGAAGGGCGGAGGGGGAUUUGCCCAGGGCAAGUUCCGCACCACUGCUUUUACAGAGGAAAUCUGUAGCCAAAAAGAGCCAAAGCCUUUUCUCCUUUUCCUGCAGAGCUAAUGAGAAGCACACAACAUUUAUAACCUUUAGUUUUUGUAGCUUGUGUAAGCUUGGUAAAACCAAAAAAAAAUCAACUUGUUUUCUGGUUUAUUUGCUGGAUACGCUUGUGUAACUUACUAAUAAUUUCUCAUACAGCUCAAGGAGAAGGCCGUAACCUCUUGUGAGAGAAAAAAGAGAUCCAUUCCAAAUGAUUCCUGGAAUCUGUCCCAGUCCGCAUAUUCAUUUUUUUAACGUCCUUUGAUGACAGCUGUGCUUUAGGAAAAAACCAAUACAUAGAAACCAAAGCUAUAAUGUGCUUUUUUGACUGUGCUGUGUACAAAUAACUCCAAAUCAUACUUGGACAACUGCCUGUGUAUAUAUUUCAAAUGAUGAUUCUAUCAAUCUUGAGAACAAACAAAUGCACUGUAAAAAAUAACAAUUUUGUCUGUAGCUCAAGCACUUUAUGCAGUUCAUUUUAUGGUGUGUUAAAUAAAAUACUUCAAACUUGUA